CAGCGCUAAGACACGGAGGUUUUAUGUGACGACAUGAUUGUGACGUCAUAGUCGGCCAGUCAACAUCAGUUUGGUCACUUUGCAAAAAGAUCACCUUUGUAUUGAAAAAAGUCUUGAUACUUACAGAGGUUGCAGUCUUUUUCACUAUGGCGGCACUCACGCCCAUGUUUUCAAGUAACCGUAUGGCAGAAUUAAAAGAAAACUUCGACAAGUACGCCGAAGGAAAUUCGCUAAAAUGCGAAGACUUUGGAAAAGUAAUGAAAGACUGUGGCGAAAAUGUAGCCGGCUACCAACUGAGAAAGAUUAUCGAAGACACGCAAGCGGAAAAGGGUGGAGUGAUAAGCUUCGACGAGUUCACAAGAUUGUUUUCCAAGAUAUCUUCCAAAGCAACUGGUGGCAUUUACAGGCAGGCCGUUGACAGUCGGAAAGGUGUACAAGAGGUUGGUGGCUCGUCGACGGCUUCGGCUGAAGGAACAAGACAUUCGUUUUCUGAUGACGAGCAAAUUGGCUUUAGUGACUGGAUAAACUCCGUUUUGGAAGAUGAUCCUGAGUUAAAAGAGGAAAAAGAUGCUCUCUUCAAAGCCAUGAAAGAUGGCAUUGUGAUGUGCAAGCUAAUAAACUGGGCUUGCCCCGGCACAGUGGAUGAACGAGCCAUCAACAAGACCAAGUUGAAUGUGUACAAUAUUCACGAAAAUCAAACGCUUGUGUUGAACUCCGCCAUGGCUAUCGGCUGUAACAUUGUCAACAUUGGUGCGCAGGAUUUGAUUGAAGGAAAACCUCAUCUGGUGCUCGGUUUACUGUGGCAAAUUAUUCGGAUAGGAUUGUUCGCUCAGUUGACCAUACAGAGGUGUCCUGGACUUGUUCGCUUGGUUGAGGAUGACGAAACUAUUGAAGAACUCCUCCGCCUUCCUCCAGAAGCCAUCCUGCUUCGCUGGUUCAACUACCACCUUAAGGAGGCGGGCCAUGUUCGAACAGUUUCCAACUUCUCAACUGAUAUAUCUGAUGCGGAAAACUACAGCGUUCUACUUCACCAGAUCGCCCCUUCUCACCUGGGAGUUGAUCAACCACACUUGAGCGAAUCUGACCCUACGAAACUUGCCGAACUCGUGCUGGCCAACGCUGUCAAGAUGAAAUGCCGCAAAUUCGUUCGCGCCAAAGAUAUCGUCAAAGGGAACGCCAAACUAAACCUUGCCUUUGUCUGCAACCUGUUCAACAACUUCCCAGCCCUGGAGCCGGCGGAGGAGGAAUUACCAAACCUUGAAGAGACACGCGAGGAGAAGACAUUCCGUAACUGGAUGAACAGCAUGGGUGUCAAGCCGUUUGUACAAAAUUUGUUCCUAGAUUUGGAUGACGGAUGCGUUCUCCUUCAGCUCUUUGAGCUGGUGAAGAAUGGCGUAGUGGACUGGAGCAAGGUGAACAUGCCACCUUACAAGAAGAUUAGCGAGAAGAUGAAGAAGCUAGAAAACUGCAAUUAUGUUAUCGAGGUCGCUAAAACACUGGAAUUCUCUCUGGUAGGGAUCGGGGGCAAAGACAUCUUGGACAUGAACAAGAAGCUGAUCUUGGGUAUCCUGUACCAGGCCAUGCGCGCCUAUACAUUGGUCAUCCUGCAAAAAUGCGCGGAGAGCGACAAGCCAAUCAAAGACGAGGAAAUCAUCGCGUGGGUCAACGAGAAGCUGGAUGAAAACCAGAAAGAUACCAGAAUAACGGGUUUCAAGGACUCCAGCAUCGCAAGCAGUCGAUGUGUGAUCGAUCUAAUCGAUGGUAUGAAGCCUGGCUUUAUACGUUACAACAUGGUGUCUGAUGGGGAAACCGACGAAGACAAGCUAUCAAACGCCAAAUACGCCAUCUCCAUGGCGCGAAAGAUUGGCGCCAGAUUGUACGCGCUGCCUGAGGACCUGGUGGAAGUGAAGGCCAAGAUGGUACUGACUGUGUUUGCUUGUAUGAUGGCUGUGGAUCAUGCGCUCUCUGCCACCAAAUAGUAUUGUCCCGGAUGAAACUACAACAGGAUUUUCUUAGACAUGUCAAAAGUUUCUCUAUCAAACUCUGUAAAUUGAAAUACUGUUUACGAGGGCAAAAAUAAAUCUUGGACAUUAAGUCUUCUUUUCCCGGUUAAAAUCCAUAUCUGGAUAGGACUGAAAAGAGAGCAACUAAAUCUUUUUAAAAUCACCAAGAACAAACUUUCACUUUCCAUAAGAGGUUACAAUGAGUUUCCCAUCGAUUGUUACCACGCUGGGUUAAAGAUGAAAACCUAGUUCGUUACACAAGUGCAAAAGGGAAAGCAAUGGCGAUAUGUUGUAAUUUCACUUUGGUUGUGAAUGACUUGUAAUGACCAAAGGAUGCUUUCACACCUUUCUACUGGCUAGCCUGUAUUUUGCACAUCUUUGGAGGAUUAAACAGUUGAUCUUUCGAAUCUUAAAACUAAA